CAAACUUUCCAUUGCUUCAAGAAAUUGAAAUGGAGAACUGCUACAUUGAGGACAUACCAGUUGAAUUUAAAUUUCCCAAAAGUCUUAAAAACAUCAAUUUAAGCAACAAUAAGAUAAACUAUAUUCGACCUUCGAGUACUAGACAAACUAAUUUAACCUACCUUAAUUUGUCAUUUAAUAAGUUUACUGGUCUUUCAGAUGAAAUGUGCAAAGAAUUAAAAAGGUUAAAAUCUGCCAAUCCAAGAUUUGUUGUAAAUUUCAAAGGCAAUGAUUUUUAUUUUAUAUGCACAAAUCUUAGGAUUCUGAGUUUGCUAGCGAAGAGCCCACACAUCUUCGUUGACUUAAAAGAUAUAAAAUUUACAACAGAAUCACAUUUAGUUUUACGCUACAAUGAAAUGGUUGCACAACUUCCAAGACUGACACAAAAUUGUCUGAUCAAAGAAAACUUCAGUUUUGUGUUGACGACAUUUUUCACCCAUCUCCUGUGUUUGCUUGUUCUGGCCGUGUUUUUCCAUUACCGCUGGAAGCUGAGGUACCUCUACUUUAUUGGUCAACGGCGGCUGCACAUCGGUGGACGUUUGGUAAACUACAACCCACAGGUUGAUGUUUUCAUCACCUAUGAUGAGGGUGAACCGAGAGUACGCCGGAUCCUUAAAAAUAUUAUCCUGCCAUUCUUGAGAGAAAAGAACAUCUCUUACAUUUUAGGAGAAGUGGACUUUCCAGGUGGGGACAUGGUGUCACACAUCAGUGGAGCUAUAACUGGCGCAAGAAAAACGCUGGUCUUGUUGUCUGAAGAUCUUUUCUUUGAUCACUACCGAGAGUAUGAGAUGAACCUGGCCAUCAUGCGAGAGUUCAAUGUACGAGGUCAGGUUAUCGUUCCUGUCUUUGUUGAGAGGGUCGACUUGAAUACAUACCCACCUGAAGUAGAAACUUAUUUAAGGAAUCAGCUGCACAGGUGUCUGGUCUUCAGAAAUAACCAAACUUUCUGGACACUUCUGCAACAUGCUAUUAGAAACGAUAAGUAG